AUGGAACGAAUUUCGUCGACAACCCUUUUACCAGACACAUUUGUGGGUGCAAGAGAUGAUAUUACAGGGCAAUUUAUGAUCAUUUGGGAUCAAAUGAAAGCACCAUUGAUUGCACCUUUGCUUAGAAUUGCUCUGCUUUUGUGUUUGUUGAUGUCAGUAAUGUUGUUCGUUGAAAGGGUGUAUAUGAGCAUUGUUAUUGUUCUUGUAAAAAUAUUUGGAAAAAACCCAGAAAAAAGAUACAAAUGGGAGCCUCUAAAAGAUGAUUUGGAGCUGGGAAAUUCAGUUUAUCCCACUGUUCUCAUACAAAUCCCAAUGUUCAACGAAAGAGAGGUGUAUCAAUUCUCAAUUGGAGCUGCAUGUGGCCUUUCUUGGCCCUCUGAUCGUAUUAUAAUUCAAGUUCUCGAUGAUUCAACGGAUCCCAUUGUCAAGAAUAUGGUGGAAAUGGAGUGCCAAAGAUGGGCAAGCAAAGGGAUAAAUAUUAAAUACGAAAUUCGGGACAAUCGAAAGGGAUACAAAGCAGGGGCACUAAAACAGGGAUUAAAGCACAACUACGCAAAGCACUGUGAUUAUGUAGCCAUAUUUGAUGCAGAUUUCCAACCCGAGUCAGAUUUUCUACGGCGAACAAUCCCCUUUUUAGUGCACAACCCAGAACUCGCUCUUGUUCAGGCUCGUUGGAAAUUCGUAAAUGCUGAUGAAUGCUUGAUGACAAGAAUGCAAGAAAUGUCACUGGACUAUCAUUUUACAGUGGAGCAAGAAGUAGGAUCAGCCACCCAUGCUUUCUUUGGCUUCAAUGGGACUGCUGGUGUGUGGAGAAUUGCUGCAAUUGACGAAGCUGGGGGAUGGAAGGAUCGGACAACAGUUGAGGAUAUGGAUCUUGCUGUCCGAGCUAGUCUCAAAGGCUGGAAAUUCUUAUACCUUGGCACUCUCAUGGUAAAAAAUGAAUUGCCAAGCACAUUCAAAGCCUUUCGCUACCAACAACAUCGUUGGUCAUGUGGUCCUGCCAAUCUUUUCAGAAAAAUGCUCUCAGAGAUUGUAAGAAAUAAGAAAGUAUCUUUUUGGAAAAAGGUCUACGUAAUAUACAGCUUCUUCAUGGUCAGGAAGAUCGUAGCCCAUAUAGUUACGUUCGUGUUUUACUGCAUUGUAUUGCCUGCGACUGUAUUAGUACCUGAAGUUGAAGUUCCGAAGUGGGGAUCAGUUUACAUACCUGCAAUCAUUACCGUACUCAAUGCUGUUGGAACUCCAAGAUCACUUCAUUUGCUGGUAUUCUGGAUUCUUUUCGAGAAUGGCAUGUCAUUACACCGGAGUAAAGCUACCUUCAUCGGCUUGUUGGAGGCAGGGAGAGUGAAUGAAUGGGUUGUCACUGAGAAACUCGGGGAUGCUCUCAAGUUGAAGUCAGCCGUAAAAGCUUUUAAACGACCUCGAUUUAAGAUUGGAGAAAGAAUCCAUUUGAUGGAACUUGGGACUGGUGCAUACCUCUUCUUUUGUGGUUGUUACGACUUGGCAUUCGGGAAAAACCACUAUUUUGUCUACCGCUUCGUUCAAGCUGUUACCUUCUUCAUCAUGGGAUUUGGUUAUGUCGGAACCUUUGUUCCCCACUCAUAA